AUGAAAUUGUUGAGUGGGAUCCUAUCAAAAAAUAACUCUUCUCACAAUAGCAGAUCAAAUAAUACAUCGGUUACAGGUAGCCUUAACUCAAAUACACAAUCAAGCUCAUCGAGUGGAAGUAAUUAUAGUUGCAUUUCGGGAUCUAUUUCCUCCAAUACAUCAUCGAGUUGCAGUGUGCUCUCUUCAGUUGCCUCACUUUCAUCAUCAAGCAUUUCAAAGACUAGGAAGGAACAACAAUUAUCAUCAUCGGCUGAAUAUUGCAAUACGAGUAUUUUAAUCCAAUCACCUCCACUCUCUGCCAGAAAGACAAGCAAUAAGUCCCAACCACAAAGCAACAACAUUACAGCUACCACUCUUUCACCAACUCCUUCACAAUCUUGCUCUUUCAGCUCUCCUAAAAAACAAUCCAACAAUUCUAGCAACAAGGAACCAAAGGAUAAUCAUCCACCUACUGUGAACCAAUCAACCUCCAUAAAUACGCCAGAGAGAAGUGACCCUCAUCACCAACGUCAAGCAAGUGAGGAUUUUCUGAAUAGUCUUUCGUUUGCCCUACCUCAAAUAGAAUACGAAGAAGUCAUGAAACAAGUUCAACAAAGGACAGUCAUGAUGUCAAACCAAAAUGAUAACAUUACUGCAGAGAAUAUAGAUGUAAUGUCAUCGGAUGGUUACGACUUUGAAUAUUAUAAUAAGGAAGAAGAAGAGAAGAAAUUGAAAAAGAAACAAUUGGCUGCCUCAUCUUCAAAAAAGAAAGCCGAAUCUAAACCACAACCAUCAAGCACACCAUCAACUCCUGCAUCAAACUCAUUCAAAUCACCAAUUAAGAGUUCAACUCAACCAACAAUUUCUCAGACUCCAACAAAGUCAAGUUCUUCUUCUGUAAAAUCGAAACCAAUUACACCUGCUGUAAAUCAAUCAACAGAGGCUCUUACAACUCUUUCUACGAGUAAGAGUAGACUUUCCCUUAAACCAUCCACCAUCAGAAACAAGAUUAAACAGAAAGAUUCCCCAAAACAGCAAAAAACCAGCCAAAGUAAAUCUAAACCAAUCAUUUCUGAACCCCCAAAAGUGAAUCCCAAUAGGAAAGAAAGGAAAAACUCUGAGAAGAGUACAACUUCCUCAAAAAGUGGAAAUAGUUCAAUUGUAAAUAAUGCACCAAAAGUAAAGGAUGAAGAUGUCAUUGCUGUAAUUGUGGAUGAUGAUGACGAGGAUAUGAAUGAUUUGGAGCAUGAUUUGAGCAGUGCUCAUGAACUCCAUUCAACUGAAAUGGUGGAUGAAGAUGAAGAGGAAGAUGAUGUAGACGAAGAGUCUUGCAAUACCAUGACCUCUCCUCGUACUCCUUGCUCUAAGAAGAGGAAGGCAUUUGAAGAAUUUGAAGAUUCCCUAGCCUCUUCAAAAAAGAAGAAGGAAGACUCAAUCAUCUUGGAUAGUGUCAUUAAAAAAGUAAUGGAUAUUUCAAUACCAGAUACACCAGCAAUGGAAGAAGACAGUCCAUCAUGUGAUAGCUCACUUUCCAUUUCUCCUUCACUAUCUUAUAAUUCUCAGUCAACUUGUGGAGAGCACUCAGAGUAUUGCAUUUCUCCACUUGACUCAAUAGCAUUUGAUGCCAAAUUGUACAGCUCUCAAUCCAAUGUAGAUAUCAAAGAAGUCAAUCAAAAAAUAACCACUUUAACAAAAGUCAUUGAGCAAAGAAAUGCACAAAUUUUACAACGAGAUGAAUAUAUUGCCAAUCUCUCCAAGGAGAAUAAGGAAAUGAAAAAGUUCAAAUCAAUGAUUCAUAAACUAGAUGAUGUUGGAUUUGUGUUCUACAUGAAGGCAUCUGAAUUGGUUUGUGAGGGAUUGAUGGCACGAGAUCUCGACACAAAGGAAUCACAAGAAAUUAUUCAUGAUUCUCUCCAAAAGGGAAUAAGGUACAUGAGAGCCUCGGCCGAAUUUGGAAAUGUCGAUGCCAUGUUCGAAUAUGCAGAACUAAUUCUAAGAUAUUCAAAAUCAAAGAAACAUGAAGCAAAAGAAUUCUUGCAAAAAGCAAGUGAAAAAGGACACAAGAAAGCAGGAGUGUUUUUGAAGAGUUUGGAAAUGAAAGAAGAAACCCAAAGAUAUGAAAAAAGUGUUGAACAUGAUCAUUUGCUUCUCUAUGGGCAAGAAACAACAAAAACCAAGUCAAAGAGAAAAUAAAACUGACUGUUCGAAAU